AUUGGCUACUAUGGCGGAAGGGGUAAGCACGAAACUGGGCAGUAAUCAACUCCACUAUCUUCUCAACACCCAAACCGAACUUUUUGUUCGUUACACAUUCACAUUCAAGGAACGGCUGGUCUUCCCUUGAUAAACUUUGUCAGACCGGAGGAGAAUCAGUAACCCUACUCGGUACUUAAGUUAACUACGGAUUCAACAUCACCCGUGAGCUCCGGUACACGACCGGCGUUGGCUUCAAUUAACUUCGCUUCACCCUCACCUCAUCAGAUCAACGUCAAAUUCCCGCACGCAAACAAACACAUCAAACACAUGAGAUGCGAGCUCGACGACGAAAUUAAUACGAAGGAAUUAGUAGGCAAGGAAUAGAAUUGGGGAAUCUGAUCAAUUCUUGCUUCUUGCUUAGUCGUGAAGCGACAAUUAAUCACGUCUAGUUACCCUAUUACAGGUACCUAAGGUAUAGAUAGAUAAACGCUCGUCUGCUCAAUUCCUCGCUCGAGCAGAGCAUCCGUUCAUUUCGCAUAAGUUUAAAUCGGCUGAAUCCAUCACCACCACCAUCUAUGUACGAUUACCUCCCGAACCCGGCACUGAUUUACCAGGGACCGGCGCUGCCGCGUACCCCGCUGAUCUUGAUCCACGACGGUGGUGGCACCAAUUUCAAUUACCAUCUACUCAGCCAGAUUGGCCGCCCGCUAUGGGGUCUCGCGAACGCUAGACUCCACGAAGGCGGUUGGUGGGAAGGUGGUAUCCCUCAGAUGGCUGCCUACUAUGUUGGGCUCCUCUCUAAGGCUAUCCCCGAGGGCGGCGACAUCCUCCUCGGAGGUUGGUCACUGGGAGGGCUCCUAUCCCUUGAGAUGGCGCAUCGGAUUGCCGUGGCGAGGCGCGACGGUGGUACGGGGGCUAAGUUUCGGGUUAAAGGCAUGGUCUUCAUCGACAGCCUCUGCCCAAGCUACUCAGACGAGAUGCGGGCACGGUUACCGGCUGAGCCCGUAGUAUUAUCAGCCCAGGAGUCGGAGGCUAUGAAACUGAAAGAGAAAGUCAACGUGAACAUGACACACGCCCGCAUCAUGGUGUCAUUCUGGGAUUUACCACGCUGGGAGGAUGGGCUGCAGGCACCACCAACCAUCCUCCUGCGAGCGAAAGAAUGGUUCAACCGCGACCCGUCCAAGAGCUUCGUCGAUUUCACGCGCGAAGACCGACUUCUAGGCUGGAGUGAUUACAACGAGGAACACGGUAAUUUCAUUAAAGACAUUGUGGAUAUAGAAGGUCACCACUUUUCCAUCUUCAAUUUUGAUUAUCUUGACGAUGUCACGAGGAAGGUCCGCGCCGCAGCAGACCGGUUGGAUCCGCUUGGGUUUUAAUGGGUAAUUCCUAAUAUACCCUAGUAGUCGUUUCCUGUCUAUUAGAAUUACACUACAACGAGGCGUUCAGGAUUGAUUUUUAGAACCGGUGUUACAAGGGGACUACUUAAUGAUGAUAAAGACACUAUGGAGUAUAGCAUGGUUACAUAUAUA